UUGUUUAUUUAUUGGAGCGUGGUGGACCCGCGAGUGUGGCUGAGAGAUGAAAGAAAAAUAAUAAACCUCUGCAAAUCUGUGUGAGAUCUGCAAUCGUAAGAGAGUAUCUGAAAACGUAGAGGCUACAGUUCUGAAGCUUUGGCAGAGUAGAAACAACCCAACCCCCUAGUUCUAAUUGGUCUCUCGGGCUACAUCCAAGAACCUCUCUAGCUUUCUACCACGUAAAAAAAAAAAAAAAAAAAAUACCUAAUCAAAUUCCACUCCGUGUAAAUAGAAACAACAAAACGUACAAAAAAGCCACAACAAAGAAAUCAAAAACAAAUACAAAGCAAAAUCUAUCUUUCUUCCUCUCCUUAAAGCAAAAGAAAAGCUUUAUGCACCUCUCUCUCUCUCCUUCAACAAAUCACCAUUCUCAAUGCUGCAAAAAACAUAACCAUAAAACGAAGUGAAAUUUUGAGUAAAGCUCCCUUUAUUUCACUCAUACCCCCGCCCCCCUCACGUUACCCUUUUUUUGGCUUUUCUUUCUCUUUUCUCAUAUCUCUCUUUCUUAUAUAAAACCCACUAAAACCCUGUUCAACUACAUCCAUAUCUCUUAUCCAAAAUCCAAAAUCCUAACCCAUUUCUCUCUCUCUUCUCUUCUCUUCUCUUCUCUUUGCCAUGGAAACUCUCAACUUCCUUAAGUUCUGGAAACCCAAUGCAAAUAUUCCUAGUCCUGUAGCUGAAGUUGAGAACGAAGUUGAUGAUGAAGAAGACUCAUUCUUCGACUUGGAGCUUAAUGCACCAGAUUUUGACAGCAAGGAAAACGACAGCGUCGGCAACAAUAAUGCAGAAAAAACCGAAGACACAAAAGGGUUUGGCUUUAACGAAGAAAAGACCAAAAGCUCGGACAAAACAGCCGGCAAGAGAGAACUAUUUUCUCCUAAACCGACAAUUUCAUUAUCUGCCGCUGAUCCUAUUUCAAAAAGAAAAAUCCUACCUCUUGAACCCAUUUCAAAACCCCAAUCUCCCAUCGCUCUGCUUAGAUCAGCUCCAAAAUUUCGAGUCCUAAUGUUCAAGAAACCCAAAUCAACUGCAACAAAGAAAACAGAGAAAACAGGGGAAGCAGAGGCAUAUAGCAUUUUGACGGAGACCCAGAGGAAACAAAAGCAAGAAGGAAAGCUCUCUACGGUGAAAUUCAACGUGGAAGAAGAUUCAAACAUUUCUAAGCUCAAUAGAGAAAGCAGCUUGAGAAGAAUCGGAAGCAAACUACUACAAAACCAGAGCUCAGACGACUCAACAAGAACAGAGCGAAAAGAUAUUCUGCAAAAAUAUCUCAAGCUCAUUAAACCACUCUAUGCAAAAGCUUCCAAAAGGUACGGCGAGAAGAUGAAAUUCCAGUCGGAUUUGUCUGUGGCAUCUCCAUGGUCCUCCCCGGUUCCGGCAGCGUCGAUGUGUUCACUGAAGGAUAAGCAGGGGAAUAUUCCGGCAGGGAUUCGGGAUGUAUGCAAGCAUUUGGGUAAGAGCAAAUCGGCGUCGGCGGUUUCGGCGACGGUUCCGACGAAUCGGAGGGACGAUUCGCUGUUGCAGCAGCAUGAUGGGAUUCAAAGCGCCAUUCUGCAUUGUAAGAAGUCCUUCAAUUCUGCCAGAGAUUCUUCUUCGUUAUCCCGAUCCACCAGCGAUUCAUCGUCGAUGAAAUCAUGCUUUAGCGAUUCUUCUCUAUUAUCACACUUCAUCAGCGAAUCUUCCCAAGAUAGAUCAGCGAGAAGCUCCAUUGAGGAUAAUUAUGGUGUUGGCAUUUGAUGCUUUUCUAGAAGCGAACGCGGGAAAAUAAUUUCCAUGAAAUCGAAAGCUACUAAUACAAGGGGAUUAAAAAAAAAAAUACAUUAGGUAAAGACCAUUUUCUUGUUUUGUGUUUUAUGUUGUAAAAAGAAAGCAAAGAAAAAAAAAAAAAAAAAGGAAUGAGAGAGAGAGAGAGAAUAGGGGUCGUUGUUUUUUGAUAUUUUUAGGUCAGCCAUGAUUAUUACCAGUGAAUACCUUGGCUUCGUUUUGUUGUUUUCUGUAAAGUGAUGGGUCAUUAUGAAUGAAUUGAAGAUAUCUCUGAUCUGGGAUCUUAUUGAUUUA